AGCUCCGCCAAUCACAACGAAAAACAACCAAGAGUUGUUGUGACAGCGAACACAUGUCGAAAUUCGACUUCACUUUUGAGCAUGAUCUGUUGAGAUCUUUUUGUUCGUUUCAACCGCCCGACAUUUCUUUUGCAGUAUGAGUGGAUGUGCCUCAUGCGGAGGAUGCUUUACAGGCUCCGGUUGUUCCUCUUCGACAAAAUCUGACGCUGGCACUCUAAACGAGAACCGAUUCCGUUCCCUUUUGGAACUAGCAGCGAAGCCUCAAGAUCAACCGUUGACAGCCGAUCAUGAUCAUGUGAUACCUACGAUCAUUGCCGAAUUAACCCAGAAUGUAUAUGCUUCACAAACCGUCUUGUUCUCGGUCUAUGAGCAGUGGUCGCUACCUGAUUUCCUCGAGUUAGCUGCCCUGUUGUAUGAGCAACAGAUCACCGGAGCACUGGUUGCUUGGGCUUGGGAGCACAGUCAAGGGGAUUUACUUGCGACAUUAAGAUCCGAUUCCAAAGAACGUCGAUUGCUGUGGGAUCAUAUUGAUGAACAGGCGCUUGUGUUUGAAGUGUUUUCCAAUUUACCGGAAGGUCGCGCUGGUCGAGUGAAGCGGGCGUAGAUCAUGCCAAGAAUAUACCCUACCUCGUAUGCGGAUUGUUUCUUCGAAGUUUUGCACAGACUGAUACCAUCUACGCAGCAACAGACUUGGAAUAGAUUCAACGACUACAAUGUACAUACCACACUCUUUUCACAUGCAUGGUCUUAUAUUUUGGAUUUUCUUACUCGGCGGUUUCCCAUAAGUUGACUGUUUCAUAUCCGUUUUCAAUCAAGAAUAAAUGAAAAAGCAAACGAAACUACAGUUACUGUAUUGUAAAAAACGACAUUUUUAUGGUAUAUUACGAUAUGGAUGUGCUGUUGAAUUCAGGGCGAUUGUGGAAGCUGGGUGACACGAAUAAAAAG